AUGGGUAAAGUUUCUGAGGUCCGACCUUCGGCAUGUCUGCCUGUGAUACAGUUUUUAAUUGUGCUGUCAUCCGCAGCUUUAGGAUUGUGUUGUUUAGAAGACGUUCAUCCAGGGACUUGUACUUGUACACCUUUUGGCGAUAGUCGAACUGUUGUGAAGUGCUCUGGAAUUACACGGGUGCCUGAUGAUUUGCCAUCGAAUACAGUGAUAUUGUGAGUAGAAUAAGAACUUGGUCCUCCAGAAGAGUUAUCCUUAUAUUAAAAUCACUCUUCCUUUAAUUGGAUGAGGAAAGAUCGCCACAAUUUUAAUGUUUUAAGGUAGCACAUUUGCUACAAUUGUCAACAUAUUGUAAAACCUGACUCUGACGACUCGUGCAUAUCAAAUAACAGCCUGAAAAAAUUCCAUGAUAAGUUAUCUUCCCAAGGUGAACGGUUAAUGCGGCAAAAAUAAAAAAUAGGUCUUUAGAAACUCAAAGGCUUUUUAAGAACAGGUCAAAGUCUACUGAAUCCAAUCAUUUUAUUUUGUCCACAGUAACUCUACCAUUAUAAAAAGAGACAGUGGAUAGUAUUCUCCAAUUUCUACUGACGAUAUUUUUCUACUGAUAGUUAUAAAUGUAUGGACCAUCCUAACUGACUGAAGCCACAAAAAACUCUGGUCUGGGAUACCCUUUAUCUCUAAAAUAAGCUCCGAAAUAGGUAAAUCGAGACUGAUGACCAUACUGUCUCACUCGGCGGAAAAAUAAGCCAGAACGCUUAAAGAAAUUUAGUGCGAAUUGUUGCAAUAUAACCAGAGUUUCUUCUUCGAUAAGAUGAUGCGUCUAGCCGUUGCCGGUACAUAAGUGGUAAAAAUGAUUAGGUAAAAUCACAUAUGUAUAUGCUAUUUUUUUAGGAAUCUUUCAGGUAAUCAUCUGACGUCUAUCAAAGAGGAUGCUUUCACAAACCUGACGUUGCUCAAGAAUGUGUAAGUUGAAAAUUUCUGUUCAUGAUGCUCUCCGCCCUUUAUCUCAAAAAUGUAUUUGGUAUGAAAAGAGGAACGUUGUAUUAAUUCGGUUUUUACUGUACGUGAUCUAGCUGGGAUUCUCUAUUUUCUGAAUAUGUAUGAUAGAAAUGAAUCCACGUGUGGACUAUCCCUAGUGAUUGAAGUGGGGAAAACGAAACACUACAUCUCUAAGACGAGCCCGGAAAAUUGUCUUUUUUGCCUUUUUCAAAUGAGCUAAAUAACUUCAUAAAUGAUCAAAUUAUUAGUAGUUGGGGGAGAGAUUUUUUCAAGAGUAAAGGCGGUGUGCGACGUUAAAGUUUUACUGGUCUUUCCUGAACCCAGUCGUUAAUCGUCCUAGACGAUCUUCAAACUUCCAAAUGCUUCAUCUGAACUUUGUUUCGCCUCUGAGAAUUAGACGAUCCUGAACUUAAAAUUUUCCUUCUUUUUGUUUUUCCCUUAGGGAAAGCUUGGUUUGGUUUCACGUUUUACGUUUUGGUUUUGGUUUUUUUACUAAGCGACUGAACAUUGAACAAGCUGCUUCGGCGGGCAAAUGAAAUAUUUAUUUGAUUGUCAACUUCCAAUUGAGAAUCAACUAAAAAAUUCCCGCUUGCUGAUAUGUACACUUCUUUUAUAUUUCUUUCCCAUUGAUUGCUCAUGUGUCUACAAUUUUUUUGCCAUAACAGAGAUCUUUCGUGGAACGAUUUGAGGUCAGUUCCAAAGAACACCUUUCGAAAUUUGACGCUGCUUGAGACAAUGCAAGUAGAGAAUUUCUUUUUUGAGAAAAAUACUUUAAUGAGAGGAGAAAUCAAGGAAGCAAAUGCAAAGGAGCUGCGUGUACUUGAAUUUCCAUAUCUAAAGUAAUUCAGAAUAGCGCUAUUUUUGCCUCUCUACCUUACACCUCUCUCUAGAUGCAGUCAAAUGCAAUUAAAAACCAGUCGUUUCAAAUCACUCGCGUUUUCCCUCGCUUGAUGUCGUAAAAUGUCUGUGCUUUGAGUUUUGAAUGGCUUCCAUGUGGUGUGUAUCUUUGUUUUGAUUGGCUGUAGUCAGGAUUACUUUAAUUUGGGUUUGGGCUCAAGACACUCUCUGUAAAUGGGCUUAAGGUAUAUCUCACUAACCUAGGUUCAGUUUAGCGUGUUUAGUCUACAAUUCAAUAAGAUAACAUUUUGUGCAACAAAACCGACUUAGUCAAGACAAUAUAAACAAUUCAUAGUCUCUUGACCUUUUUUCUUGUUAUUAAGCUAAUGAUCUGGCUUAAAUGGCUGUUGCGCGUAACCUUUCUCCCUUUAUAAAUGAGCAGGCGUUAGAGCGGUGAAAAUAUUUUAUUUUACCCUCACAGAAAUAUCAACAACAACUUUAUCCAAGGUGGAUUUUAUCUUCCAAAAAACUCGGCAAUAGUGUAAGUAUUAGCCUUUUGAGUUUCUCAGGCUGUUUUGACUACUACCAAGCAAUUAGCAGAUGAGGUUGAAAAUGAUACGAUGAAUAAUUGAUUGUGAUAGCUUGAAAAACUCCUAUAUUCCACUAAUUCACUUGCCAAGUUGUUAAUCGGAUAAUUUGUUAUCAGACAGUUCAAGAAGCCAACCACCUUCAGAUAUGUAGAUUAAAUCAACCAGUCGUAUUCAAAGUAGUGGUUUAAAUCAACCAAUUAAACAAUGAAACAAUUUAGGCCUCCUUUGUCAGUUCUUUAAUGCAAAUUUUCCCUUUAUUUCAUAACUAAAUUGGAUAUUCUUCUUUUCUCAGAAAUUGUAAUUUUGAUGAUUAAUUGGUGAUAAGACUUCAUGUCGUCCAACUCUGUCUCUAAUCAUACUCGUGAUAAAUAGAUCGGACGUCCGCUGCGCUUCCGAUUUUGUUAUCAUCUGUAUGAUUUCAGAUUGAAUUGGACUCCACUCAGUCCCAUUACCAUUACUUAUCAAAGCCGAAGUCUGGGUUAUCUGCUAAAGCCGAAGGCUGAGGUAGAUAGAUAACACGGGCACGAAGUUUGACAAUUCUUGAUAUCAUGCGAAAACUAAUACUAGUUGUCUUGUUUUUAAACAUAACAAAAUCAAUGUUACCACUAUUCUGCCGUUCCUAGAUUAAUUCAAUAUAUCGACUGCGGGAUAUUUUUUUAAUUUCAGCUUAGUACGCUUUAAUAGACUAUCUUUGAUUGACCUGAAACUUAUUUUGAAACAUUCUAAGAGAAUCAAAAAUUUGUAAGUAUGCCUAAUUACAUGUUCAAUAUUUCACGAUUCCGACCAUAGCAAUUUCAUCGAUAGGGUAUAACAUUUUUACUCUAAUGAGAGCUCUUUAGCUGAAGUAUCACAUCAUUGCUUUAUACCUCAUUUAACCUAUAAGAUGUGUAUCCCAAGAUAUGAGUUUCUGAGCAGAAAAUGUAAGGCUGCAACACAAUGCUUUGCCAUGAAUUAAGCUGAUAUAUUUUUGGUAUCCAUUGCCACAGAGAUAUAGCUGGAAAUCCAAUCGGACCUAACUUGACAGUGGACACUUUUGAAGGCUGUGAAAAUAUGAUCUUUCUGUAAGUAACUAAUCACAAGAGUUCCUAAUCUCUCGCUAACCUUGUAUCUUCAUUUUUCUGUUGGAAUCAAUCAAAAGGUCAUGUUAUCAUCAACAAUGCUUUGACCUGAAAAACGGGUGCUUUGAAUGUAACGGUAAUAUACUCCUAUUUUUAUUUCUUAACCACAUUUAAGAACUUAUUACCUCACUAGAUGUUUGAGAAAAUGUGGACUAAAGCACAUCGAGAGCGGAACCUUUAAAUCGAUGGAGCAAUUAGCUGACCUGUAAGUAUCCAACAGUUAAUUUUUUUCCAACCCAUUUUAUAAUAUACAAAGGGUUUCCCUCCUUAGCCAUUGAAUGGGGUUUAAUGAGUUGUGAGAAAAAUUUAAAGGUUGUCAUUAUUCUACCUUAAACUUUCAGGGACCUUGCUUCCAACAUGUUGUCUCGUAUGGAGCCAGAAACCUUCAAAGGACUUUCUGAUAAACUCAAGUUUUUGUAAGUAAAGAAAAUUGCGAAAUGGUCUGGCCGUCCGAAUUGAGCCCUUCCUGCAGCUGAGAUGUGUAUGUUUAGAGGAGCGGGAUGAAGCUUCUAAAAAAAUGACUGCAAUCCGCCUUAAAAUCAUCCGAGAAACCGAACGUAGAUUUUCUCUAAAAGAUGAAACAUUUUUGAAGCGAAGUUUGAGUUCGCUUGGCUUUUAACGGGGCAAUAAAACCUAAAAUGGCGGCAUGUGUUAUUUAUCUAAAGCAUUUUCUCUAAUUAAGAACCCUUUUUUAGAAAGGUUUUAGUUUCCUUCCACGUGAAACUUGUAACUUUCCUGGUUCAAUGACUUAUUUUAAUUUCUCACAGGGAUCUGCAUAACAAUUCUCUUUCAACGAUUCUUGAUGGAACAUUUAGUCGUUUCAAGAGCCUCUCUUCUUUGUAAGUGCUCUUUGUCCUUGUAAACAUUGUAUCGUAUUUUCCCGCCUCCAUUUAGAUUCUGCAGUUAAAUUGUUAAUAACAAUCAUUACAAAUUCCUCAAAUGUUAUUGGUGUAUUCGCUGCUUCAUUUUUCACUAAUCAUUCUGCACAGUUGUAAUCGAACAGUGUAAUCGGACAGUUGGCUGUAAUCGGACAGUUGAAGCAGCCAAUCAUAUUAAGUCCACUGAGCUAAUCCACCAAUCACAGAAAUGAUCAAAAUAACUAAAGCAACAAUCACUUAUCCAAAGAAAAACUGGGGAAUUUCCAUAAUGGAGGAAUUUUUAACUAAAAACAUUGUCUCCACUGGAGAUAUUUGUUUAAGGUGUAUUUGCUUUUUCAGAAAUUUAAAUGGUUAUGAUUAAUUGAUAACAGGACUUCUUGUCGUUCAAUUCGUUCUGUAAUCAUACGAGUGAUUGACAAAUUGGACUUCCGCUUCGCGAUCGUCCGAUUUUGUUAAUCACUCGUAUGCUUACAGACCUAAUUGGACUCCACUCGGUCCUAUUACCAUUAUUUAUCAAAACUAUUACAAAAUUCUCGAACGUGAUUAGUUAUCACCGGUGCGAUUUGAGCACGAAUAGGACAGCGUGCGCGUCAUGCUUGUAUUUGGAUAAUGUAAUAGGACAGUUAACAAGCCAUGCCUGUGUAAGUGGACAGAACGCGUCAUGUGCGCGCGUUGUUGUCUCGCAUUUUGCCGAGUUAAUUCACCGUAACUUUUUUUUUUAUGAAAACGUAUAACCAAUGUCCUCUCUUUCUCAAAUUUUGUCCUAGUUUUGAUUAAUUGGUAACAAGACUUGGUGUCGUCCAAUUCUGUCUGUAAUCAUACUCGUGAUUAACAAAUGUUUACGACCAACUGUUGACUCCGUUGAGACCCUCUUUUCAGGGAGAACAGAGGGGGAUCCUUCUAGCUAAAUAGUGAGGGGGGGGUCAUUAGAAUACUACAGAGCCUUAUGGGGGAAUCAGGUAAAUCAGUAUGUUUUUUCACGUGUGUUUGGUAUCGCCAAUCAGCUGCUGAUACGUAACUCGCCUUUCGCGCCACUCGGUCAGGUUGAUGAAUGAACGGCAAAGCCUUCACCAUUCUCAAUCCAAGUUCGUUUGUCGGAAUUUUUUUCGGAUUAUGGCUGCUAAAACACUGAAAAAUCCGUAUCGCUUACACACAGAGGCGUUCAAACUUUCCUAGAAGAGGGAGAAAACCAAAAUGUGAAAAGAAAGACCGAAAGUUACGUGUUGUUUUUGUAGUGAUCUAACGCAUGUUUCCAUAGUGAGUGCUCCAUCGCACUUUAUUCGGGGAUUGUCGAUCCUUUUGUUUACAUUCAAUCAAAGUCGACUUUUCUCGUCGGUAAAGGGCUAUUAUGUUCAUAUGAUAAACGUGUUAAACAUUUAUUAUAUAUUCGUGUUCAACUCGAAGCGAAAUUCCAUAUCUACGCGCGCCCAUGUACUAUUCUCCAUGGCUAAUCGUAAUAAUGGUGUUAGCAGUUGUAGUAAUGGUGGCUGUAGCUCUAGCUGUAAUGGUUUGUUUGAAGUCAAUUUUUUUGUUUCUUUUCCAGAUUUCUGAAAACCAACAAGUUAACAUCUGUGCCAGAUUUAACUGGCCUCACUAAUUUGGUUAAGUUGUAAGUGAUUGACGCUGUGAAUUAGUCCUUUUCACUGAUUACCACAUACCAUUUCACCUUACUUAUCUUAAUAGUUACCUAAUCAGCUAUUCUUUCAAUGCGGCUCCCAGUCUCGUACCCAAGCCUAUCACGGCCAAGCGGUUGUAAGAUCUUACAUUUCAGUUACACGGUAGGAUCAGGGUACCAGAUUAUGCGGCUCCUUAGAGCCGAUAUGGACAUAUUACAAUUGAACACAGAUUGCGAAACAAAAUCACCCAAUUGGCAGGGAUUAAAUAUGUUGGUUAUAUUUGGCCUCUUUAUAAAAGGCGCAGCAAAGGAUAUUUACUUAGGGCGAGCAAAAACAAAUACAGUGACUAGAUAGUUGGAGGAAUUGAGCCCAGCGGACUACAAGUCCGGCGCCGUAACCGCUCUGCCCCGCUACCUCCAACGUAAGACUAAAUUUGUAACCCUUGGGAUUAAGUUAUUUCCCAAAGGUCGAUGAGUUAUUAUAAGCUGAUGCGACAACAAGACUAACUGGUGAAGUGCCAUCCCCUCUUGUAUGUGUAGACAUUCCAGAAGCACAUAAAUUUCAUUCUGGUAAAGGGACUGAAUGUUCUUUUCCGACAGGAAGGGUCAAUGAAAACUGGAAUCAUCCCAAGGCAAACUCAGGGCAAUGUUCAGCACGUGAUCACUCGCUUUUAUUUUGUUUUCAGUCCAAUGAUAUUUUCCUAAUGAAAACUCCAGUACCCUGCGCAGUGGCGCGCCUGUGGCUUUUUUGCGAUGUCAACUUCCGCUUCAAUGAUCAUUCCUUGGACGUUUAUAUUCAAGGGGUGGCUCGGAGAAUUCAUUGUAGGAAAAAGAGAGCCUUUUAAUUUGCUUCAAUCUAAUAUUCAUCCUUCUUUAUAUUUUGUAGAGACAUGCAACGUAACAAAAUCAAGGACAUAUCACGACUCAACAGCGCUACCUCAAAAGUCGUGAGAGACUUGUAG